ACCAAACCGGUGCGAAAAAGUGAGUUAAUCGCUUCAAAACCAGUGCGAAAUGGGGAUUUUGAACCGGUGCGAAAUGGUUGUGGCUCUCCCAUAUUGUCAUUAUUAAUCGAUACGGAAAACUACAUUCAAUCAUGUGAUUUUUGUAGGGAUUAUAAUCGCUACAAUUGUUCAACUCAUUUUCUAAAAAAAAAUAAAUAAAUAAAUCCCUACAUAUGAUCUAUACAAGAUUCGAACAUGCAAUCUCAAGCUCUUAUAUUAAAUGUUUUUCCAAUAAGGUAUGAAAUAUUUUUCUCUUUGUCAAACAAAAUAUUAAAAUCUAGUGUAACAAAGUCUUUUCGUAUCCACUUUUGGGUUUUAGUGGCGAUUGUAAACGAUACACUUUUCCAUAAUUUUAUAAAUGUGGAGAAAAAAAGUGAAUAAAUUAAUAUUAUCAUUUUUCGUUUCGAUUUCAUAUGGGUUUACUAUGUCGAUUGUAAAAUGAUACGAAUUCCUCUACUAUUUCACAAACAUACGUGCAUAUUGUAACAAAUGUAUAAUCGCUACGAAAUAAUCGAUACGAAAAGACAAUUUUCAUGUAGUGCAAUCUCGAGAGAGCUUGUUUUGUACGCUCGGGUAUAUCAUUCACUCGGGCAGGGGCGGACCUUUAGAGGGGGCUACACUGGGCCUGGCCCCUGAUAACUUUUGGAAAAAAAAAAAUUAAGGCCCAAUUUAAAAAAAAAAAUUAAAAAAAAAAAAGCUGGAAGUCUGGAACGAAAGAACAGAAACACUGAAACAGCAAAGAUGAAACUCAUUAACCCAAGAAAAGAAACCUUGAAAAGUAUAACUUAAAUUCAUCGAUCUCACCGUCCUCACCAGUCAUCAGCUGCCCAGGCCCAGCCUCACCGUCCCUGCCUGCCUGCCUCACGGCCUCAGUCUUCGAUUGUUCUUUGCUUACGCUUUCCGUUCGACCUUCAACUUUAACUAUUCUUUAAUUCGCUCAUCAAUUCGUUGCCUCAAUCCAUGAUAGGAAGGAUUGAAGGAAAGCUGCCGCGUUGAUUGCAUUUUGCCUUGAUCAAGCAAUCUCCAACCUUUAACAGCCCAAGCCAAGGCCUACAAAGCAUCGUCGCCGAUUUCAAUCUACUUGGUUUGCUAAGUUCCCAGAUUGGUUGGAAUAUUCACCUUCUAAAGAUGCUGCAUUUUGUCUACCUUGUUAUCUGUUUACUGAAACACCAAAUUCUCGGGUAAAAACGUUUAUUUUGACCGGAUUCAAAAUAUAGAAAAAAGUCAAUGACGGGAAACAUUGUGGGUUCUUUGCUCAUAUUGGUGAAGGUCCAUGUACAUCUCAUCGAAAUACAGUUCAAUUAUACAGGAUUCUUCCUAAGCAAAAAGCAAAGAUUCGUAAUGUUUUUUACAAACAAAGUGAAAUGCAAAUCAAGCAAAAUCGAUUGCGUUUAAAGGCCUCUAUCGAUGUCCUCCGCUUGUUGACUACACAAUCUUGUCCUUUAAGAAGCCACAAUGAAACAAAUAAUUUAGAGAAUCAAGGAAACUAUCUUGAAUUCAGAAAGGUGUUGGCUGCAUAUAAUAAAGAUGUUUCCAAAGCUAUACGACAAGCUCCUUAUAAUGCCAAAUAUAUUGCUCCCUCGAUUCAAAAAGAGAUUCUCCAUAUUAUUUCAAAUAAGGUUCACAACUAUAUUAGACAAGAAAUUGGUAACUCUAAAUUCUGUAUUAUUGUUGAUGAGGCUCGAGAUGAAUCUAAAAGAGAACAAAUGGGUCUUGUUUUAAGGUUUGUUGACAAAUAUGGAACAAUUAGGGAACAAUUUUUUGACCUUAUACGAGUUUCCAAUACCACGGCAGCAACACUUAAAAGAGAAUUGUGUUCAGUUCUUGCUCGACAUAAUUUAUCUGUUGAAAAUAUUCGAGGGCAAGGAUAUGAUGGUGCUAGUAACAUGAGAGGUGAGUGGAAUGGUUUGCAAGCAUUAUUUCUUUCUGAUUGCCCAUAUGCUUAUUAUGUCCAUUGUUUUGCUCAUCGCUUACAAUUAGCAUUGGUUGCCGCAUCUAGAGAUGUUAGAAUAAUUCAUCAGUUUUUUUCAAAUUUGACUUUCAUUAUUAAUGUCGUUGUUUCAUCUCCCAAAUGUGUUGACCAAGUGCAAUCUGUCAAAUCUGAUGAGAUUAAAAGGCUAUUAUCUAUUGGUGAAAUAGACACUGGUAGAGGAGCUAAUCAAAUGAGUACUUUAAAAAGAGCUGGAGAUACACGUUGGGGUUCACAUCUUUACUCUAUUCGUAGCUUGAUGAAAAUGUAUGAUGCAACAGUGUUAGUACUUGAACACAUCUCGAAUGAUAAGUCUUGUAAUUCUUCUCAAAUUGGGGAUGUUGAUGCUGCUUUAGAUCUAAUGAUUUCCUUUGAUUUUGUGUUCAUUGCCCGUUUAAUGGAAGAAAUUUUGGGAAUUGCUAAUGUUUUAUGUCAAGCCUUACAACAAAAGUCCCAAGAUAUUGUCAAUGCUGUGAAAUUAGUGUCUACCAAUCAUGCACUAAUUCAAGAUAUGAAAGAAAAUGGAUGGGAAAGUUUUUUAGAGUCAGUGGUAUUGUUUUGUCAACAACAUGAUAUUUUGAUACCUGAUAUGAAUUCUCCUUAUAUAGCUCGUAGGGGUCGAGCUCGUCAUCAACAAGAUCAAGUUACAAUGAAUCAUUUUUAUCGAGUUGAAAUAUUUUUGGGUGCAAUUGACAAACAAUUACAAGAGCUAAAUCACAGAUUUAAUGAUGACACUUUAGAGAUCUUAACUUUAUCAUCUUUGUUAGAACCCAAAGUUGGAUUUAAAAAUUUUGAUCUUGAGAAGGUUUGCUUGCUUGCAGGAAAGCUUUACCCCAUGGAUUUUACAGAGCAAGAAAGGUACAAUUUGAGGUAUCAAUUGCAACACUAUUUUUGUGAAGCAAAAAAUGAGCCUAGUUUGACUCAUCAUUCUACCUUGGAUGAAGUUUGCAAACACUUGGCACAAACAGGAAAAUCAAAUGUAUAUUUUUUGUUUGAUAGACUAAUACUUCUAGUUUUGACCCUUCCUGUCUCAACAGCUACCACUGAAAGAGCAUUUUCAGCAAUGAAGAUCAUGAAAACAAGACUGCGUAACAAGAUGGAGGAUGAAUUUUUGGCUGAUAGUUUAGUUAUUUAUAUUGAAAGAAAGAUUUCUAAGUCGUUUAGUACUAAGUCAAUAAUUGAUGAUUUCAAAUUAUUAAAAGAAAGACGAGCCUUACUUUAG